ACUGCAGCAGGACAAGGCGAAGGCGUCAAAAGCAAACCGCUUUUCGCUCUAUAGCCCUCCGAACGAACGAAAAGCAACAUCUUCGCUCCUCUUCUACGAAAUCAACUCUCUUGGCUUCUUCUAGUGUGACACUAGUGAGAGACUGAAAAUGGUGGAAGAGUUCCUGCAGCAGUGCCAGCAGUCCGGUGAUUCUGCUUACGCCGCCUUCAGAUCGGUGCUGGAGAGGCUCGAGAAUCCCAACACUCGAGUUCAGGCCCGGCUUUUCCUCUCCGAUCUCCACCGUCGGGUUGGAUCGUCUCAGGACUGCCUCCAACGCUACCAUUUCCAGAUCCAAGACAUUCACUUGGACCAGUAUGAGGGCUACCAGGGAAGGAAAAAAUUGACAAUGAUGGUGAUCCCUAGUAUUUUUAUCCCAGAAGACUGGUCCUUCACUUUCUAUGAAGGACUCAAUAGACAAACAGACUCCAUCUUUCAGGACAAGACCGUAGCUGAGCUUGGCUGUGGAAAUGGAUGGAUAUCUAUAGCUAUUGCUGACAAGUGGUUACCUGCAAAGGUCUACGGCCUUGACAUAAAUCCUAGAGCAGUGAAGGUCUCUUGGAUUAACUUGUACUUGAAUGCUCUUGAUGACAAAGGCCAACCCAUCUAUGAUCACCAAAACAAAACCUUGUUGGACAGGGUGGAGUUUCAUGAAUCUGAUCUACUGGCUUAUUGCCGUGAUCAUCACAUUCAACUUGAACGAAUUGUUGGAUGCAUUCCUCAGAUUCUUAAUCCCAAUCCAGAUGCAAUGUCCAAGAUGAUCACAGAAAAUGCAAGCGAGGAAUUUCUCUAUUCAUUGAGUAACUAUUGUGCACUUCAGGGCUUUGUUGAGGAUCAGUUUGGCUUAGGUCUAAUUGCUAGAGCAGUUGAGGAAGGAAUUUCCGUAAUCAAACCUAUGGGGAUUAUGAUCUUCAACAUGGGAGGUCGUCCAGGACAAGGUGUCUGUAAACGCUUGUUUGAACGACGUGGUUUCCAUGUCACCAAGCUUUGGCAAACUAAAGCUGCUGACACAGACAUCUCAGCCUUAGUUGAAAUUGAGAAGAAUAGUCCACACCGUUUUGAGUUCUUCAUGGGACGUUCUGGUGAUCAGCGUAUUUGUGCUCGAACAGCGUGGGCCUAUGGGAAGGCUGGUGGCAGGAUCUCUCAUGCUUUAUCAGUUUAUAGUUGUCAACUGCGUCAACCAAACCAGGUUAAGGUAAUCUUUGAGUUUCUUAAAAGUGGCUUCCAGGAGCUCAGUAGCUCAUUGGAUUUAUCUUUUCAAGAUGAUUCUGUUGCGGAUGAGAAGAUUCCAUUCCUUGCUUAUCUUGCCAGUGUUUUGAAAGAGAAUUCGUACUUCCCAUAUGAGCCACCUGCUGGAAGCAAGAGAUUUCGGAAUCUAAUUGCAGGCUUUAUGAGAACAUACCAUCAUGUUCCACUCACUUCUGAAAAUGUUGUCGUCUUUCCUUCAAGGACAGUGGCAAUUGAGAGUGCUCUUAGGUUGUUCUCGCCGCGUCUUGCAAUUGUUGAUGAACAUCUGACUCGAAACUUACCCCAGCAAUGGUUAACAUCCUUGGCUGUUGAGAAUGCAGAUAUUGGCUUGUCAGAGGACUUACUUACUGUCAUUGAAGCACCACACCAAUCUGAUUUAAUGAUAGAGCUGAUAAAGAAGCUGAAGCCACAGGUGGUGGUUACUGGGAUGGCUCAUUUUGAGGCUGUUACUAGUUCAGCUUUUGUGCAGCUAUUAGAUGUCACCAGAGAAAUUGGAUCUCGUCUUUUCUUAGACAUAUCUGAUCAUUUUGAGUUAUCCAGCCUCCCAGCCUCUAAUGGAGUACUGAAAUAUCUAUCAGGAACUCCUCUGCCUUCACAUGCAGCAGUUAUUUGUGGCCUGGUUAAGAAUCAGGUUUAUUCAGACUUAGAAGUGGCCUUUGUCAUUUCAGAAGACGAAGCCAUCUUUAAGGCCUUAUCAAAAACUGUGGAAGUACUAGAAGGAAAUACGGCAAUGAUCAGUCAGUAUUACUAUGGUUGUCUUUUUCAUGAGCUUCUAGCUUUUCAGCUUGCUGACAGGCAUCCACCUCAAGAGAGGAGUUCUGCAAAGGCCAGCUCAGCCGAGAUGAUUGGCUUUGCUACAUCAGCAAUCUCAGUCCUUAAUAAUGCUGAGUUAUCAAUUAGUGAUACAGAUAGUUUCUCCAUUAUUCACAUGGAUGUGGAUCAAAGCUUCCUGCCAGUGCCUUCUCCUGUGAAGGCAGCUAUUUUUGAAAGUUUUGCACGUCAAAACAUGUCUGAGUCCGAAAUUGAUGUUACUCCCAGCAUAAAACAAUUUAUCAAGAGCAAUUAUGGGUUCCCAACUGAUGGCAGCAUGGAAUUUAUAUAUUCAGACUGCUCGCAAGCUCUUUUUAAUAAGCUAGUCCUUUGCUGCAUUCAGGAAGGUGGAACUUUGUGCUUCCCAGCUGGCUCAAAUGGAAACUAUGUUUCUACUGCCAAAUUCUUGAAAGCAAAGAUUUUAAAUAUCCCUACUGAUUCUGAGCAAGGGUUUAAGCUGACAGAGAAAAUACUAGAGAAAGCACUUGAGACUGUAAAAAAGCCAUGGGUAUAUAUUUCUGGACCAACAAUCAGCCCAACUGGCUUGCUUUAUAGCAACAAAGAAAUGGAGAGCAUUCUAACUACCUGUGCAAAAUUUGGAGCCAGGGUGGUGAUUGAUACUUCAUUCUCUGGGUUGGAAUUUGAAUUUGAAAGUUGGAGUGGCUGGAAUUUAGAGGCUUAUUUGUCAAAACUAAAUUCCUUCAGCAACACAUCAUUUUGUGUUUCUCUGCUUGGAGGAAUGUCUUUGAAAAUGCUCAGUGGAGUGCUUAAAUUUGGGUUUCUUGUCCUAAACCAACAAAAUUUGGUCGAUGCAUUUUAUAACUAUCCUGGAUUAAGCAAACCCCAUAUUACCGACAGAUAUGCUAUGAAGAAGUUGCUGGGUAUGAGAGAGCGCAAAGAAGGAGGCCUAUUAGAUGCUAUCAAUGAACACAUUAGAACUUUGGAAACUAGAGCUAAGCGUUUAAAAGAGACACUGGAGAAAUCAGGAUGGAAGAUUGUUGAACCAAGGGGUGGUAUUUCUAUGGUGGCAAAGCCAUCUGCCUACCUCAACAAGGUUGUUAAGCUCAAUCAUCCAUGUAAAGAUGGAGUCAGCGGUGGAAAUGCUGCUACUUACGAAGUGAAGCUGGAUGACUCAACUAUCAGGGAAGCCAUGGUGAAGGCAACAGGUUUAUGCAUUAACAGUGGCUCAUGGACUGGAAUUCCAGGCUACUGUCGCUUUACAAUUGGCUUGGAAGAAAGUGAAUUCGAGCAAGCGUUGGAUUGCAUAGUCAAAUUUAAAAGCGUCAUUGGUAACUGACUUUGAUGACCUUCUAUGUGGUUCGUUGUCUUACGUUCACAAUUGACUAAGGUAUCACAGAAACAACUCCAGAUUUCGUUUUACAAAAGUUGAGUUGUUUCCUCCCAAAUUAGAAUAAAGAUUAAGGUGUGUUUCCAAGUCCAGUCCACGGUCAUUGAUUCCCUCUAUAGCUUAUCAUGUUGUCCUCUCACCUCUUACUGGACAUUUCUGUGUGAACAUAUGCUACAGCAUAUAUAUAUAGAGAUAUAUAUAUGAUAAUGAAAGAAUGGGUGUGUG